AUGGACCUGAAAAGAUUAAGUCCCCAUGAGACAAGGAAAUUUCAGUUUCCAAGUCUAGACAUGGCUUAUGAGUUUUACAACCAGUAUGCUAAAGUGAACGGGUUUGCAGUUCGCAAGAGUAAGAUCCUUCAAAGCAAGAAAGGAGAAAUAUUACAGCAGACAUUUGUUUGUCACAGACAGGGGUUUAGGGAGGAUAGAGGUUUAACAAUAGAAAAUCGUAAGCGUGAGUGUAAACCUGAGACUCGGUGUGGAUGUGAAGCAAAACUUCGAGUGCAUAUAGACAUGGUCUCACAAUGUUGGUGGAUAACAGUUUUUAAUGAUCAACACAAUCAUGAUCUUUUAGAUGAAGAGUACCAUGGAAUGCUUGCUUCACAUCGAAAAAUGAAAUAG